AUGGCGGCCGCUCCAGAUCCAGAAGAAAUCCUUCGUUCGACGAGUGGAAAAGAAAAUUUCCAGCGCAUUACACGACUUUUAAUAAGUGGAGGGACCAGCCUACUGAGGGAGAUUUUUGACUCAAAAUGUCCUCCAAGUAAUCUUCCUACGAUUCUCAGCAAUCCAGUAACAAAAAAAAAGAUAAAAGGUGCAAAACUUACCCUGCCACAGUGGCACUGUCUUUGCCCUUCCCCAGGGGUGUACGGCAAGUCAGCAGAUUUUGAUGUCACUCUGCUAGUCCGUUUGCUGAGGACAAUAUGCAACCUGACCCCUCCCUCCACAGGAUGGGAUGCACAACCAGCUGGUACAGAUCACAGUUUAACAGCUGAUAUAGCAAGAAUAAAGUAUUACCGAAACUCGGUGUAUGGUCACGUGAACCAAGGUAUGGCAAUCAGAGAUAAUGAGUUUAAAACACUUUGGCAAGAAAUCAGUGAAGCUCUCGUGAGGAUUGCUGGGCAGAUCAGUUCUACAAGGAAAACUGCAUGGCAAGGAGCCAUUGCUAAAUAUUUGACAGAUCCUCUUACAACUGAAGAUGAACGGAAUGUGCAAGAACUUAAGGCAUGGUAUAAAAGUGAUAUGGAGAUCAAGAAAUCCAUAGAUGAAGUCAGUGAGCGGAUAAGUCAUUUGGAGGUAGGGCUAAAAGCAAACAAAAAAAGACAAACAAAACAAAACCCAAACAUAAAUUGACAUUUCCGUUGUGGAGAGAACUUUAAGGCUUUCAAAUUCAAUAGAUUUAUGCUGUUUGAUAAAGCCAAGGAGUUACUGGGUUAUUUUUAAAUUUACUCAUUUAGUGCAAUAUAAAGCAGCUUCUUUUUUGUCCCAGAUAUGGUGACUAAUGACAGUUUGAAUUUUACACUCAGACAGCAGUUCAUGAAGGAACCGAUUUGAUGGAGGCAACAGUUUGUAAGGAAGCAAAAGAAAUUAAAGAUCAUCUGGAAGAGAUGAAUCAGUCGAUAGACACACUUAGGGGUGAGUUUCUUAAAACAUUACUCCUUUGCUCAGGGAACCGAGAGUUACCCAAUUGUGGUCACCUCUAUUAAAGGGCCACCAUUCGCUUGAUACACUUACUUUGGCUUUGUGUUAAGAAUGAAAGAAAGUACAAUCCGAGAAAGAGGGUGAUGACUGAUUGUGGGCCAAUUCUGUUCCCGUCACGUGUUUGUUUCAAAAUAAAGUGAUGUUUCUUCUAAAGGUUAUUUUACGACGAACCUCUAUUGGAAUUCCGAGGAAAAUUUUGACCUAUUUACAUACUAAGCAACGUCCACCUUGGCUCCACGUCUCCUUUUUCAACCAUUUUAACCAACCCUUAACAAUUUAACAAUAUUGUGGCACUCACACGUGCCAGACACAAAAAAUACUCACAUACGCGCGAUACAACGACCUCCAAGUGUACGCUUCGAAAGCGUCUUGUUUCUAUUUCAGGCGGAAGGAAUCAUCAUGGCCGAGCGGUUAGAACGCUGGAUUUGCAAUCCCGAGGCCCCGAGUUCAAGUCCAGCCCUGACCGCUAGCCUCUCGAGUUUUUUCCGGGGGCUCCGAUUAAGAUUGAUAAACAAGCUAUCAGUUAUUAUUGGUAAAUCGGUGUUUCAUAGCAAAAAUUAUCGUUUAUUGUUUUCGGUCGGCUGAGUGGUUUUUUCUCGGCUUGCGCGAUAGUUUAUGUAACACGAUUGUCGUCGGCUCUGGUUAUUUAUCUGCAUUUGCUUUGUUACACAAUAUAUUGUGGUAUUCAGUGUAACGUGGUCACGUUCUAAUAAGCCUUCUUCUAGCAUAUUUUUAACUGAAAGGAAGCAAUUGAAGUUCACUGGUUUGAGAGAUGACAUCACUUGUGUCGUGUUCGGCCGUACCGCCUCCGUGGUUCACAGUGACUUACCGUUGAUAAUCAACUAAGAAAGACCUCUACAAGGCAAAAUUGAGAUUAUUUGGCACUUUAUUAACAUAAAAAACAAUUUUUUUCUCUCUUUGUCGCAGAUUAUCUUUCGCAUAAAAGUAUAGUGCAACGGCAUUUUUGACGAAAGUAUUGUUUCCACAGGGUACCAAACCAAGUUGGAAAAUUACGGAAAUUCCAGUGGGUAGGGGGAUAUGACAAGCAUCCCCUGGUUGUGGAUCUAGAACAAAAGUGCCCUCCGUAAGGGGUAUGGAUAUUUUUUGGAACACAAUGAAUAGAUUAUCCUCGCAGUAAAGAGAGUCUUAAUGGUGUGGAAGAACUGACAAUUUUGACGGUUGACGGUUAUUAAGUGGACAUUUCGUCCUAGAAUUUAAGUAGAUAGAUAUGACUCCUGUAUAAAUUAAUUGGAACUGUUGUGUUUUGGAUCGAACUGGAUGUUGUGUUGGCCUUUCACUUAUAUAAAUUUGAAACAUAAUAGAUAUAAGCAAGUUGCAAGGUCUUCCAAUGUCUAGAAAAAGUGUUUUUGAGAAGUGAAGAUCAACUGAAAUAGUGAGAUUUGCAAUGCCCGAAAAAUUCUGGGUUGUCGGGAAAACCCUGACCUCUGCGACGUAUGAAGAAAUGGUCUAUUGUACCGAUCUGAAUUUGCUAAUUAACGUAAAAGAAUAGUCCCUUGGUUCCAGGUGAAACCUGCCCAGACCAAGCCGAAGCUUGUUUGGAUAAUCGGAAACCUUGGGUGUGACAAACUGGUGAACCGGGGGUGGGUAUACAUUUCACAGUGAAGAAUGAAAUUUCACUGGGGAACUGGCGGGAGAAGUUGAACUUCGGACAAAUUUAGCCUGGAGAAGUGUUGAGUGUUUUACUUGAUUUUUUUUUUGCUUCAGGUUCCUAAUCACACAUUUAUACCGGUGCAGCGCUCUAACCAAUUGAGCUAGCAAGCCAGCUGAGAGCUGGUCAUUAAUUGUUGGUAAUAUUCCCGGGAAAGAUGAAGACGAAAUGAUGAAUAUCUGAAUUUCAUAUAUUUGAACCGCGGAAUUAAAAAAAAACAAAUGAACAGAACAUGAUCAUUGCGGUGAAAGACGCGACUUUGCGAAAACAAAGCCUGAAAAAUUUAGGCUUUGCCGGAAUUUGAUUGGAGCUUGUUAUUUUUUGUGAAGUGAAAUAGAGAAACAGUUUACAAUCACAUCAAUUGGUCGUCUACAUCCACCUUUAACAGAUAUUUUUUAUGUCAUUAGCCCUUCUUAGAUUAAAGAUUGACUGUGAGGCCAUUUCUGGACCUGGUCUGCAACAAGGAGCUACGGUGAUGAUAGGGCAGCCACAGGAAUCCCAAGGAGUGAUCAAGGAAGGUGCAGUUGCACCGGUCACCUCAAGUCAGUCACAAGUGUCAAACACAACUGCUUCCCUAAGCGGGAAUGUCACAAACGGUGCCAUUCCUUCCCCACAGAAAAUUGUGGAUUUAACUGCCUCAAAGUACUUGAACAACCUAAAUCCAUCAACACGAGAAGAUUUCAAUGGUUUUAUACGAUAUAUUAUGAAAGAGAUGCGCAAGGUUAGUUGA